UGAACAUAAACAAUAGAUAUUUAAAAAGAAUAGCUUUAUUAAAAUGAAAAGGACAUACUAUCCAAAUUACUUCUCAAUCGACGACAUAAUUGUGACACAGGAGAAGAUCCCGUGCAUAACAGAACAGGAAUUAAGCAAUCUUGGAUUCUUGGAUCAAUCACAUUCGUCAACAGAUUUAAAAGCAAAUCAAGAGGUUCAGCUACCACUAUGGUAUAUCCUUCAAGUGCAAAAGGAGAGAGGAAGAAAUCAGUUUUAUGAUGUUAAAAUUCCAAACAUCUACAAAUCAACUUACAGUGAGAUCUGUAAAGCUGAUGCAACGGCUGUUGAUUUAGGAAAACUUAAUAAGCAUUUUUACGAACUAGGACGAUAUGUAUCACAUUUUGACCGAAACGGUUUCGUCGGCAGAAUGAUUUAUGAGACUUGUCGUUCGAGAAUGAAGUAUUUAAAGGAUUUGUGUAACAACAUUAACAAUGAGCAGAGAAAUGAGAGCCGGCUAGAUCAUAUUGAGUACCAUUUAUUUCUCGAGGGAUCUAAGACGAACAAAAAGUUCUCUGAAUGGCUGCAAGAAAGUACAGUGAACAUAAAAACAUCUGAGAUGGUCGUCAAUCAUAGAAAACGUAAACGAGCUCUUAUGGAGGCAGAAAAUGCCAUAGCAGGAAGUCAAAAGACAUGAUUACAAUCUACAGUGAUAAUUACAGCUUUUGGAACUAUUGGGGAUGUUCGAAUAAGCUCUAAUUAAUUACUGUACUGAGCACUUUGUGUCAUCCUUCGUC